UGGGAGGUUAUGGGGAGCCUUCGCAAGCACCUGAUCUCCGGAGUGUGCGUCUGAGCCUCGCCUCUCUGCUUUCAGCUGGGCGGUCUUGAGGAAAGAAGAACUUUGAGAGCUCGGCAGAAACGCGCAGAUGGGCCCGGCCGUUACUUGUCGUGUGAGGAGUGUUAUGUGAGUCCAGGUGUCAUCCCACCCGUGCAGGUGGUGGGGAGGAGAGAUGCUGCGCUCCAUUGCCAUGACAACAGGACUUAUCUUUAUAACCUGGCUCCUGCUGACGAGUUCAUGGGGCAGUCCCAUCGUGCCGGUGCCCGAGGCUGGCGAGAGGGAGCGUCUGGAGCGGGUCCUGACCCACGCCAAGGAGGGCAUGCUGAACCCCAGCGCCCAGCAGCGCCUCGAGGAGAUCAAUAAUCUGGGACUGGACGGGAUGAGAGGAGGCAACAGGACCAGUGGCGGCAAAGUGAGGCCCAGCUGGAGCCCCCUGCGGCGAGGAGCCAAACCUCAGGGAAAGACACAGGAGGUCUGGGGUGAGCAGGACUCAAUGAAGCAGACCGAUGAAGGCCCCACAGGAGAGGCCAACGCCUCGCUGGACGCUAUCGACGAGUACGCGUACCCUGAUUACAGGGGUAAGGGCUGCAUGGACGAGACAGGGUUUGUGUUCGCGAUUGGGGAAAAGUUCACCCCAGGACCCUCCACAUGCCCCUGCCUCUGCACAGACGAGGGACCCCUGUGUGACCAGCCUGAGUGUCCGAAGGUCCAUCCACGCUGCCUGCGCGUGGACACCAGCCAGUGCUGUCCACAGUGUAAGGAGAAGAAGAACUACUGUGAAUUCCGAGGAAAGACGUACGCCUCGCUGGAGGAGUUUAAGGUGUCUCCAUGUGAGAAGUGUCGGUGUGAGCCCAGUGGGGAGGUUUUGUGUUCUGUCUCGGCUUGCCCACAGACAGAGUGUGUGGAUCCAGAGUAUGAGCCUGACCAAUGCUGCCCAGUGUGCAAGAGCGGGCCAAACUGUUACGCGGACACUGCAGUGAUUCCAGCUGGCCGUGAGGUGAAGAUCGACGAGUGCACCAUCUGCUACUGCACGUACGAGGAGGGCACCUGGCGCAUCGAGCGGCAGGCCACCUGCAGCAGGAACGAGUGUCAGCCCAGCUAGAGCGGCCACAGGCCGUCCGGCGCUCACACCGACCCCCCAGCCUUCACCUAGACAGCUUCGUAGCAGCCGAGCGCAGUGGCUCUGAGCUCAUAAGGGCUGCCAGGACUCCAGCAUUAUGGGGGGAUUACAUCUGUCAUGACUGUUUGUGACAGCUCGUGACUAUAUGACCUCAGACUGUCAAAUAGCAUGUAGCACAGGGUGGGGGGUUAGCUAGCCUGGGAGAGAGGCCAGGGGCCAGGCCACAUAGUGCUACGUCCCUCAUGCUGCGGCACAGCCUCAGAGCUGACAUAAAGUGUCACAAAAAGUGCCAAGUUUAUGAUAAGUGAUACAUAAGCAGGCCUGAGUUUAAAGGGACAUGGGGAUAGAUUCAGCUAUAUUACUACAUAAACUUUGUAUUGAGAUUUAUAACCGGUAAUAAAGGAUAUUUAUUUCUGUAUGUUAUGAUAAAAUUACGGAGCCAAGGGGAUAAUAUCUGGUUUACAGGUAAAAUGCUAUUUUUUAUAGUCACUGUAUUUUGAUAUGCCGUCAUGUAUGUUACCGGGACUUUAGUCCGACUCAUUAGAAUGUAUGGCUCGUAAAGCAGCUGUCACUGUGGAUGAAGGCAAAAAAAUUGUCAGACGUCAGGAAGACAAGCUGUAGUCAGCAAUCACUCACAAUGUCAAACACAUUUCUCAGUAUGUUCCGCAGCUCAAUGGAUGUGUUGAACCGUUUAGGCAAUUCAAAGGAUAAAAAAAAUAGCAGCUUGCUGAUGUUUGUAUCUUAGGUUUAUUUUUCCGUUGUGUUCUGAACUGAAGUGCAUUUUAACAAGAUGUGUUUCUGUAUUUGUGUUUACAUGU